AUGCAUCAACAACACACUCCAGCACACAACGUAGAGCUUGGAAUGGCUCGUCUGAUUGCUCAUCUCACCUUUGUCGGCCUUCUGAUCAGUUCCACUGUAUUCGCUGAAUUGGUGAAAGAAGAUGGUAGCGCUCUGAAGUUGUCCAGAGCUAAACGUCAGUGUUGUUCUAGUUCAUCUUCGUCAUGCUGCCCACAACAGACAAUGCAAUGUGUGCCAGUGUGCAUCCAACAGUGCCAAUCCGCUUGCCAAACCCAGCAAUGCGCACAGAGUUGCGCCCCAAGCUGCAAUCAACAGUGUGGUGGAAGCCAGCAGCUGAUUCUCCUCCAGCAGCAGAAUUCUUGCCAAUCUUGCCAACAAUCCUGCUCCAACUCUUGUUCCACACCAGUUUGUCAGAGUACAUGUCAGGCCAGCUGUGCCCCAGCAUGUGGAAGUCAAUCACCACCUCAACUCAAGACCAAUGUGGUGCUUGCCAGCAGACGUGCCAGGCCACCUGCAGCAGCUCCAGCUGCAACUGCCAACAGUCCUGCGCUCCAGCUUGUGGAAGCAGCAACAACAAUCAGAUCAUUCUCCUCCAGUCCAGUUCGGAUAGCUGUAACAACCAAUGUAAUCAGCAGUGUAGCUCAUCCUGCUCCACUUCUACCUGUGCCUCGUCAUGCCAAUCGUCGUGUGCUUCUGCUUGCGCUCCAGCGCAACAAUGUGCUCCAGCUUGUAUGCCGUCCUGCCAACCGUCCUGCACACAACAACAAUCGCAACCAAUCGUUAUCGUCGUACCUCAGGGCGAUAGUUGUUCCAACUCGUGUCAAUCACAGUGCAGUUCUGCCUGUUCGACUCCGGUUUGCCAGCAGUCCUGUAACAAUCAAUGUCAGGCGUCAUGCAGUCCGUGUCAGGGCAGCUCCUGCAACAAUCAGCAACAGACGUCCACCCCACAAAUCUCCUGUCAACCUGUUUGUCAACAAACCUGCCAACAGACUUGUCAACAAGCUCAGCAGAUUGUGGUCCCCUGUCAACAAACCUCUACCUCCAGUUGCGGUUGUUCGAGCGGUUUCGCCCAAUGUGGUGGAUCGUGCUGCCGUAGACGUUAAGCGUUGCGCUGUCGCCGAACCCCGAAAGAUAACUCUAUAG